AUACACUACGUAAUUAUUAUACUAUGCUUUAAAUAUUUUUCUUGUAUACUAUCCUUUCUAUACUAUGCCUAUUAAAGUAUGUGAAUAUGCAAUUGUGCUAUGGCUACUUUUGCUUGUUCUGCAUACAAUUCCACUCAUGUACUGUGCCCACUUGCUUCUAUUCGGGUUCUUUCUAUUUCUUAUAAAUGUUAAUAUUUUAUUUUUAUUUUACCCCCCGCAGAUGCAAAACAUAAUAGAAGAUGUUUCUAAGUUUAAGAAGUUCCCACAGCAGGAGGCUGUCUACAACCACCCAUACGAGAUAGCAAGAGGAAACAAAACCGCAAGAAGACAGGUUAAAAACAUUGGAUUGGGAUAUGAAACCCCUAUAACAGCCACCAACGGUACAUACAUUGAUAAAAAGUGCCCAUUCACUUCAGAUGUAACUAUUAGAGGUACAAUUUUCAAAGGAGAGAUUGUAAGUUUAAAGCAGACACGUACAGCUGUUGUAGUUAAGAGAUACCUCCACUACCACCCAAAAUACAUGAGAUAUGAGAGGAGAAACACUAGAUUCAAUGUCCACUUGUCUCCAUGCUGGGAUGGUCUUGUUGAAGUAGGAAGUAAAGUUGUCUGCGGUGAGACAAGACCACUCUCCAAGACAAAGAAAUUUGCAGUUAUUUCAUACGACAGAAGAGAGAAGUCUGAGAGAUUUAAGCAAUUCUCCCCAGAAGAAUAA